UUAAAAUUGUAUAGAAUAAUAUGACUAAUUUUCAAAGUACACUUUUAUACUACAGAAAAGACCGGAAAGAUAGUUCUUCAUUAUUUUGUGUUCAAAAUACUUCCGCCUUUGUCAUAACGAAAGCGCGAGCAAGGCUUUGGGUGUCGGCGCUACGAGAAGUGUGUUCUGCUAGCUCUCUUGUCGAAGAAAAGCUGGUUCUCAUUUGGUCACUGUGGAUUACACCUUUUGUGCCCUUUCUUCUUGUGCGAAUGUGUAUUUAGUGCUGAAUAUAUUUUAUUUCUCAAAGCGUCUUUGUGAUUCAGUUACCUGGAUUGAGAUCAUUCUUCUUUGUUUCUUGUGAAGCUGCACCGCAACGGUGAAGCCAGUUGUGAACAAAAAAACCGUUUCAACGUUGUCGGGACCAACCGGAUUUCUAGUGUUUAUUGCAUUUGUCCUUCUCUACUUGAAAGGUUCCUGAGACGGAUAGGGCCUGACCAGCAGUUAAUAGAUGACUGCCAUUCCCUGAUGUUAGAUACGGAUUUGACAUUCUCUUGACCCUGCAGCUAUGAGUUUCAGUAGCGAUGAAGUCAACUUCCUCGUCUACAGAUAUCUCCAAGAAUCUGGAUUCCCUCACUCGGCGUAUACAUUUGGAAUUGAGAGUCAUAUCAGCAGUUCCAACAUCAAUGGAACAAUGGUACCCCCUGCAGCUCUGCUCAGGAUAAUUCAGAAAGGAUUACAGUACACGGAAUCCGAAAUAAGCAUUGGAGAG